CGUGGUCAAUCUACUUUCGACUCGACAGUCGAAAUGAAGAUGGCCGCCGAGGUGAGGUGGCUUUUGAUUUUUCACGUGUUUUUGGUAAUUGCUUCAGUCCUCGGUGAAAUACCUCAUCGGAAGUUCGAGUACAAGUACUCGUUCAAGCCGCCGUAUCUUGCACAAAAAGAUGGAGGCGUGCCUUUCUGGGAAUACGGAGGAAAUGCAAUUGCAAGUGCAGAGAAUGUUAGAGUAGCUCCAUCAUUGAGAAGUCAAAAAGGUGCAAUAUGGGUCAAACAGCCAGUCUUGUUUGACUGGUGGGAAGUAGAGUUGAUAUUUAGAGUAACAGGAAGGGGAAGGAUCGGAGCUGAUGGUUUAGCAUUUUGGUAUACCAGUUCAAAGGGUGCUUACAAUGGUACUGUCUUUGGCAGCUCUGAUCAGUGGAAUGGUCUUGGAAUCUUCUUUGACUCAUUUGACAAUGACAAUAAACACAACAACCCUUACAUCAUGGGUGUCAUCAAUGAUGGCACAAAAACCUUCGAUCAUACAAACGAUGGUAUGACUCAAUUGUCAGCUGGCUGUCUGCGAGAUUUCCGAAAUAAACCAUUUGCUACUAGAGCAAAAGUUGAAUACUAUCAGAAUACUUUAACAGUGUUAUUCCAUAAUGGUAUGACAAACAAUGAGCAAGACUAUGAGAUGUGUUUCCGCGUUGAAAAUGUUGUUUUACCGAAAGGCGGAUUCUUUGGUGUUUCUGCUGCUACUGGUGGUUUGGCCGAUGACCACGAUGUUUCACAUUUCCUAACUCAUUCUUUGUUUCCUCCUGGCCAAUUGAGGCCUGAUGGUCAAAAAGUUUCUUUAGAGGAGCAACAAAAACUUAGCCAAGAAUAUUUGGAUUAUCAGAAAAAGUUGGAACAACAGAAGGAAGAGUAUCGCCGAGAUCACCCAGAAGAACGCCGUGAAAGGGAAGAAUUUGAGGAAUAUUUUGAAACCGACAAUCAAAGGGAAUUGAGACAGAUCUUUUCUGGUCAAAGCCAGAUGUUUGAUGCACUGCGUGAAUUGAAUAGAAAGUUGGAUGAAAUAGUUGGGAGACAAGAAAGAUCUUUAAGUUUAAUAUCUCAGCUCCAGUUAGGAGGUGUACAAGCAACUGGGGGUCAACCAGGGCAACAAGUUCAAUUAAUCGAUACAAUACGCAGACAAGAAGUUGACACUCUAUUGGGCAAUCAGAAUGUUAUAAUCAAUACAGCCAGAGAAAUUAAAUCAUUCGUAAAUGAAGUAUAUUCUAAGACUGAUACCAUUCUUAAUAAUCAAGCCCGCGCUCCAACUGCUCAGGUACAACAAAUGGGGUACGAUUAUCACUCACUUAUUUCUGAAAUGCGAGAUGGACUUAACACAUUGAAGAGGGACGUCGGGCAAAUGAACACUAAAGUAGGCAGUGGAAGUACAGAUUGUCCUACAACGAAUUGCUUAACAACGACAAUGUUCUUACUAUUCGUGGCAAUUCAAAUGGUCAUCUUGUUAGGAUACAGCUUAUAUCGGGACAAUAAGGAAGCACAGGCGAAGAAGUUAUAUUAAGGUUUGUUUUUGAUUCUACAGCAUAAAAAAAAAGUGACGGCAUAGAAAUAAACUUUUGCCUUUACGUACUGACUUAAUAUUUGUAUCCGUGAAACAUGCAUUUUGUUGAACAUUUGUGUAAUAAAUGCAUUCUUCAUCCGAGUUAGACCUAACGAAUGGGCGGGGAGCAGCAAUUACUCUGUAGAUAUGGUAAAAAUAAUUCUUUUGCUUAGCUUGGUAUAAUUCAGUCGUUUCAAAAAUAUUGUUCCGAAUACGAGAUACAUAUUGUCAGUACGAACAAGAGACACAUGGAGACAAGGAUGACAAAUAAUAAAUGCGACGUUUGAAAUAAGUGGGGAAACGUAAUUAUGAAUGUUGGAAUGAGGCAAACUUUGUCGUGAGUUACUUAGGGGAUUGUGUGUAAUAUAUAUUUUUUUAUUGACAUUCAUUAAGAGUAUCUUCGCGCGAUGCGCACAUGAAUUCUUUUUUGCUAGUUUCAUGCAUGACAUCUUUCACUUUUUUUUACGUGGUGAUCUUUUUUGUCGUAGUGUCAGAAGAAAUACAUUGUAUAAAUGUUUAUAUGUUUUUUUUUUUAAAUCGGGAAUCGGCAUAUCGAGAAUCGAAAAUGAGAUUUUUGUCUGGGGGAAUUUCGAUAAUUCUUAUCAGCUAUGUAAGAUGAUAUUUAUCGAUCUGG